AUGGUCACGUCAAGCCCUGUCAGAUCUUCCUUGGCGCAGGCAUUUGAGCCUCCACCGGCUGCUUCGCAGAACAACGACAGAGCGACAGCAUCACAUCCUGCUUCCUCUCCCAUGCCACAGCCAGCCACUGCACCGUCUUCUCUACCUUUUCCGCCUUCGAAGCUCCGCUGUCUCAAGUGUCAGCCCAUUCUCCAGCUUUCUCGUUCCUCUGCCAGCGUGCACUCGAAUCAUCUCAACCAUCCCAGCCAUUCCACCUCGCUCAUUAUCCCUCCCAAUCACGUCACCAUUCGUCAAUAUAUAGGCCCGCUUCCUGUUCCAGCAUCCGCCGCCAAAGCUGUCGCAAAAGCCAUCGUUGAAGACAGUACCUACCAUGACGCUAGCUCGUCCCGCCAUCAACCUGACGACUCUCAUCAAGCACAAUCCUCCCCCAGCGACGUCAAACCUCACGUUCAAGCCGCAGAUCACGCAUCGCAUCUCUCCGAACUGCCUUCUACCACCGAAACAUGUCAGUCACAAACUUGGACUGAUCCUUUUCGUAUUCCCAGCCCCACCCACCCAAAGCAGCAUAGCCUCGAACGCACGCAGUCCCCGCUUCCUUCUUCUCCCAAGGGCAAGCAAGCGCAUCUUUCACCAUCUCGUCCCCAUUUGAUCAACAGAGGUCCUUCUUCUGUCUCGGUCCUCUCAAACGCAUCCUUCGUCAGCGCACACUCUUUCACUCGCUCCACUCUUAGCGAUUCUGAGGCUUCUCGACGUGCACACGCAAUCUUUGACCGACGUCUCAGUCAACUGGCAGCCACUGACGUCUCUUCCUCCAAAUCCCGCUCUGUCAGUCCUUCCAAAAAUAGGUUCAAGCUCGGUUCUAAGAAGAGCAACCAAUCGUUUCCUGUCAGCCUGACGGCCAGCGACUCGCCCAAGCCUUACAUUUCGAACCUUCGGAGCGUCGCCUCAUUUGGUCCACUCAACCAUGCCAAAUCGCCGGCAAAAGCCUUCCAUAAUGUUCGCAGCGCGGACAACCUUCGUGUCGCAGCUCUGCGACAGCGGCGUGGGUCAGGUUCGGAAGGCGUCCGACCCUCUGCAUCGGCUACUUCUUCUCCUUGUGCAGCUUCAACUGCUUUGCCUAUCCUGGACUUGCCUCUAAACCAGAUCGAAGAAGCUAUCAACGAUGCAGAUCUUUCACAACAAGCCCAGUCGAUCCGAAGCGUGCAUCUCAGUCCGAAUCAAAAAAGCAAGACUAUCUCGGCGCCGAACGGACCCAUCAUUGACGCCGACCACCAACACCGUCCUUUCGCUGCUAGCAACGACACCACCAUCAUUCGCAGCAGCGCCGAAACCAGCCAUGUCGAUCUCAGAUCCUCCUCGAAGCCCCGACUCUCCUUUUCCACCAGAUCUGGAACGGACACAGCCGAAGCACACCAGACCGAUGCGGCCGAGUCAAGGGAUCAUGACCUCUUGCAUCCUGCUUGGGAACAGGCAGUCUCUCCGGUCACAAGCGAUCCCCACGCUCAGACGGACGCCCUUCGCCACGGAUCCAACAUGUCGACCGAUACAGAUCCGCCAGCGAGUCCGACAAGGGCAUCGCGCAGCCUCGUCGGCAGAGGUAUGCCGAUAAAAAAGCGUUCGCUCACAUUUACCGGUGAGCCAGCCGUGACUCACACCCAACAGGAUUCAUCAGGCAUCCAUUCGCCCCGGACCGCCGCCCAUCCACGCGACUUUUCGCGCCAAAGCAGAAUGAGCAGAGCUUCCACAGUUGGCACCUUCAACACCAUCGGCACCGUCGCCACAGAGGGUAGCUUCGGCGCCACCGCCGGGACCUCGUCUGGUCUUGCUCGAAAAUUUCUCGCUGGUGGAACUUUUGGACGGAACGGAAAGCGUGCCGAUUCGAUGCAAAUUAAGAACGAGCGCUUCAAAUUGAGAUCCUCACGAAGAGAUCCGGCUCGGAAUGCGCUCGCCUCGAGCUCGCCAUCCUCGGUUCGAACGCGGAAACCAGCAUCUCCAUUUGCAGUCCGCAGUCGCCGCGCAGCUCGCUCGUCGAGCUACGCCUCCCUGCGACGAAAUGCGACACAGCGCAUAUCGGCCAAUGCCACCGAUGCUUCCCUCGCCGACUCAUCCUCAUUCACCAACGCCAAAGGCGUGCAACCUGGUGCUGUCGGCACCAGUGGUGGAGGCACCAAGUGGGUCGGUGAGAGCUUCCAGGUUGGCCAGCGCUUCUGGGACAUUCUCCUUGCGCGCCGUGACGAAUUGCAAAAGCUGGUCCCAUGUACGUGCGGUCAGGAACAAGCCUCUACACAGCAUGAUGCUCCCGUCGAGGCUUCAUCUGACAGCUCUCUCUCCUCGCACGAGAAGCAGAGAGAUGAGCAAGCGGCCCAGGUCCGCCAUCUCAAACAAAGUCCGGACGGCGUCAUCACCCUUCUCGCGCAAAAGGCGCAAGACAUCUCCGAUGACAAGGCUACAGCAGCGCAAACACAUGCCGCACCUGCCUCCGCUUCCUCGAAGAAGAUGCCCGACCUCCACGUUGAAUUGCCUUCAAGGGACAAUGUAAUACUAACCUCGCGGGAGAAAGUCCGAGGUACCCCAACUGAACGCCGAAAGCUCGUCAACGACGAGUCGACUGCUACCAUACAGACUGUUCAUCCGGACGAGGCUACACCUUUGACCAUUGAAGCGCGUCAAGGAUGGAGCGAGAUUGUUUUUAAAAUGUCGUCUCUCACCGGAGAGCUAGGCAGCGCGCGUAAAGCGCGCAAAGCUGAUCGCAAAAGCGGCAAAAACUUACCGCGCAAUUCGCCGUCCACACCACAAGAGGAGCAGAAAAUCCACACACUUGGCCAAGAAGUAAGCACGGAUGCGUCUGACCGUAAUGGAUCGCCCAGAUUGCCAACAGACUCGGACUUCAAGAUUAUGGCGAGGUCUUCUAGCCUUGUCGAGUCGGACAGAUCCUCGACCACCUCCAAAUCUGCCUAUGUAUCUCUCAACCCGUCCACGCAGGCCAACGGUUACGCGCCCCGCGCUUCCAGCCUCGUGUCGACCAAGAUACCCACCAUGACAAGAAGCAAUGCUUUGGCGCAUCCCGCUCCGCCGGCGUCUGUCGAAGCCAAUAAUCCCGAGCUUGUCCAUCAGCUCUUGCGCCGCAAAAGCGAUCUCGGCGAGGCGCCAGAGAUUCUAUCAGACGCUGCAAGUGACCAUGCUGUGGUGGUACAGCCCGUCGCCUCACCGCUUGACCUUACACCGACGCAAGAGCUCGCAUCACCUCUUCAUGGCCCUUUGCUAGAGCAAGAUCCACUCCCCCUCGAUCCCAGCCCAUCGAGCGAACGAGCGAUCUCGGCCGUGAAGCCAUCUGGUCUCCACAAGGCGAUCGAUCAUUCGAGCAGUCCCGAGCGCAAAAAGACGGUCAAGUUCGACACCGGCUCCCGGCGACCUGCAAUCAAAGGUCGUUUUACUGUUUCCCUCUUCGCUGACAAGGCGGAAGACGACCGGAUUCAAUCUUCCAACGUGGGUCGAGCUGCAGCUGGUGAUGCCAAGCCAUGCCCGCCCGCCGAAGUGCUUGCUCGACCACAGCCUCAUACGCUGCAGGCUCCAAGUUCGGGAGACAGCUCCACUCCCGAAAGUGAACUGUGUGAGAGCGAGACCAACAUCAUCACUCGUAAGACUGUGCUCAAGAAGGACCGCAUGCUCGUCAAGAUUGCAUGGACGCCGCACGAAGACCUGCCUAGCGAAUUCGACGAGUUGCAGGCGCGAAAAUACACCAUCCGAGAGGAGGAAUGGCGCGAAUUCGUCGUUGUGUUUAGAAUGGGCAAGCUUGAGCUUUGGUCUGAUCCCACCUUGACCAAUAGGCUCAUCGGGCACGGCGACCGACUCAAGUUGCGUCUAACCAUUCCUCUAUCGCGAGGUUCGACCUUUGUUUCGCUCUACUCUCCCGUUGAUCGCAUCUUUGCUUUGACCUUCCAACCGUGGAAGUCUCUCUCCACGCAUCACGGCAAGCGAGGCAUCCAGUUGCGCCGACAAGGCACCGACAUUGUCCUCUUUGACUGUCGCGCUCGAUCGGCAGCGGCAGAUUGGAUGUGGGAGCUGUGGAGGGAGCUCGGCGGUCUGAUCCCCGAUUCGCUCGAGGUUCACGUUCCCUCGUUUGGCCUCAAGGUCAGGAUCCCUGUGCCCGAGUCGAUGCCUGUAGAGCGACCAGACGCGGCGGUUACACCUGCUAGUCAGCUCAGCUCCGAGAAAGGCGGACUGCUUGCGCUUGACUCGAUUGGACAGACGCAGGAUGGAGGCGAGGGCUUCAAGCUCAUCAACCGCAACAACGUGAUUGCCAUGGUAUGGAAACUCUUCAGCCGCAUCGAGCAGUGGCGCGAUCUUAUGGCCUUGGCGCAGAAACGAGGCCUCAAACUCGAACUUGCAUGGCGACGUGGCACCGAGCUCGACUGGGUGAUCAACGAAAGGACCGUUGAAAACGAGCCUCGGCACUGGGCCGUUCUGUGCGGGGCGCUGCUCAGAGAUUACAAGCAACCUUCGAUCCUGGAGCUGAGAGCAGCUGUCCACUAUCCGACGUCUGUGCUAGCUGCUCCCGGUCAGUACAUGCAAGAGCCACCUGCUGUCGAGGGGUUCCUGUGGCGUGUUAAGCCAGUGUCCGGUGCCCUGACCCGUCUCUACUUUACGACGUACGAUGGCCACAUCUACAUCUGCCGCACUACGCGAGCGUUUCCUCCCGAUCGGCACCUCGCUGUCCAGAUGCAAGAGGCAAUGGGGAUGCGUGUACCUCGCACGAGCGGAACGACGCAGGGUCGAGCACCCAAGGCUUCGACUCCGGCGACGAGAAACGCCUUGACUCGUGCUCUGGCCAAGUUUGUCGGUGCCAACAAGGCGGCGCGCCGCGACGAAGACGUGGCGACAUUGCGUCAGAAUGUGUUAGAGGCCAUCAGCUACCCAGCACAGACGGAUGAAGAGUUCCGGGGUCAAAUCGAGGCCUACCAGUCCUUUGAGAGGCGCCGACAGUUUGAGCAGAUCCGGGGCUCGGACGGUUUCAUUGAUCUCAAGCAAAUCCACACCAUCAAGACGGUCGGAAACGGUCCGGUUCGCUGCCCAGGUGAGGACGACGUACGUCGACCCACCCGAUCAAGCCAAAGUCGAUUGAUGCAAAAGGUCAAGGAGGACCUCGCAGUGGCUCAGCGUGAUGGGGAAGAGUCGGACGAUGAGGAUGCAGACCACUCGAUCACCGACCUGGGUGGUCAAGAGGGACUUGAGCUUGCUGAGGACGCAAACGAUGUGCGUCGUGCGCGACAGAUCGAGAUCACGCUCACAAAUGGCAAGACGAUCCGACUGGAGGCUUUUAGCGCAUCCGUGGCCAGAGAAUGGGUGGAGCGCAUCGCCGAGCUGGUCAAAUACUGGCGGCGAAGGGAGCGGGCGGACGCGGCUGAACUCAUGUACGCGACGGGCGUGGACAUUUCGGAGCUUCACAAGCAGUUGCAAGGGCGUCAGACGCAUACCAGGGGCAUCGAGGAGAUCGAUGAGCAAAAGCUUUCUCCGAUUCUUGGAAAUAUAUGGAACUGGUGCCAAAUCGAAGGCUGCCGCGGUAUCAUCCGAUCUGGACGGCUGUUCCACAAGAAGGGCAGCUACAGCGCAUUCAAAGGUCGCGACUAUGUUUUGAUCGCUGGUCGUCUGCUCUGCUUCAAAUUGGUCAAGUCGGUAAGGACGACGCGAGCGAGACAGAACAAUGGCAUCUUUCACCGACGACAGGACACGGUGAUCCACUUACGCGACGCCUACGUCUACAGUGGCAAGCUGAGCGUAGAUAUGCUCAAGAACGGACGAUCGGACCCGGCGCAAGCGGUAUCAGGGAUUGGCGGAGGCGGUUCAAACAGCGGCAAGCGUCAUCGUGUUCCGCGAGUGUACGCCGAUGGACUGUUUUCUGUCGAUGACGACGAGGAUUGCACGUUUGUGAUUCGGUACCGUCCGGAGCGCGUCAAUACGCCGGCGGAUCCCAGUGUCAGCAGUCUGCAUGGCAAAGAUGGCCCGAAGGGUAGACAAGGUGGUACAGAGACGGCAGCGAAAAAGAUAGGGGAUGGGCAAGAUGCGUCGUGUAGCGUACCGAGGCUGGAUGAUAAGGUGCACAAGUACAUCGCGAUGCGGGCGCGAUCCAAGGUGGAACGAGAUCUGUGGGUGCGCUGCAUCACGUACGAGAUUGAAAAGAUCGUACGCGACGAUGUAGAGCGCGAGAAGAAGCUCAAGAACACGGGCAAGGUCGAUCACAAGUAA